GGAGCGGGCCAUACCACGCGUCACGUAGGGGUGUCUGUAGGUACAGGCAAAUACAUACUGUUCCCAUUUUACUAAAUACAGGGUCAUGGUACUCGUGUACUAAUAUAGUAAGAUACCUACACAUCUAACCUGUGCUUAGUGCUGCCAUACGCGUGGAAGGGCUUACAGACAGAAUAGUGAGUGUGUCACCUCCCCCUCUGUGGAACUGGCCGGGUUGUGGUGCCAGAAGCACAGGACUUGUUUUUCUUUCUCUUGCUGUGCAAUCAUAUAUUCCUCCGCCAGGGUCGGGAGCUCCCGGAAGAGAGAGAGACUGCUGAGGUCCUACUGCCGGCCCGGUCUCCUAGGGGUGACUUACCUGAUCCCCCUUUUCCCGUGCUUAGUCCCCGCCCGCAGCUCAUCUCCCAGGCCCGGUGUACGGACACCUCCGUCUUAUUUAUAUCCGGUAGCAGCGACAACAAAUGUCAACUCCGGCCAGACGGCGCCUUAUGAGAGACUUUAAAAGGCUCCAGGAGGACCCCCCUGCAGGGGUGAGCGGUGCCCCCUCCGAGAACAACAUCAUGGUCUGGAAUGCAGUCAUAUUUGGGCCUGAAGGAACACCAUUUGAAGAUGGAACAUUUAAACUCACAAUAGAAUUCACAGAAGAAUAUCCAAAUAAACCACCAACAGUUCGGUUUGUGUCUAAAAUGUUUCACCCAAAUGUAUAUGCUGAUGGAAGUAUAUGUUUGGACAUUCUUCAAAAUCGUUGGAGUCCAACUUAUGAUGUGUCUUCAAUUUUAACUUCCAUACAGUCCCUGCUGGAUGAACCAAACCCGAACAGUCCGGCAAACAGUCAGGCAGCUCAGCUCUACCAGGAGAACAAGCGGGAAUAUGAGAAGAGGGUUUCCGCAAUAGUGGAACAGAGCUGGCGUGACUGUUGACACUGGCCCUUGUAUAUGAACACUCUAAUCAGGAGGAAAUUAUAUAUAUAAUAUAUAUAUAGUGUUUGAGUGAUCUUCCUCUUGCUAGAAUCUUUACAUUUACAUUGACUGCAAACUGGCUGUUGUGUUGUCACUGACUUCCUUAGCCCCCAGCUGAUGCUUUUUCCCCAUCGGACACCAGAGAGCAUUCGUGUUGAAAUCAAAUGUACCAUACAUAGGUUACUUGCAAAAGAUUUUCUCCUAUCCUUUUCUUUGGUUCCGUUUCUCACUAUUGUAGGUUGAGUGGGAACAUCAUCUGAAGAUUCUCUUUAAUGCAUAAGAGACUGACCUAUAUUGUAUUCAUGACACCAUGCAAGGACAUCAUGCUAUCGGCACUGUUGAUUCUGCCUAGAUAAUCUUUUACUUUUGUUUUUAUCUUGCUUUAUAUUUUAAAGGAAGCUUUUUGCCUCCAUGGUUUUUGCAGGUUCUUUACAAAUGCUCAAUGCAUUGCCCAUCCAAAGCUGCGCUAGCUUUUUUUUUUCUAUUUAGAGUUCAGUUUGGCUUCACAAAUCUGCAAGCGCCCGUUGGAUGAGAGAUUGACAGCCGCCCUGUUCAACCUUGAAUUUGUGCUGUCGACAAAGCACUUUUUAGUUUUCUUUAAAAUGUGUGUAUUAUUGAGUAAGUGGCUCCUUUUACU